UGUGAGUGCGCUACACCAGAUUUUUAUUUUUUACUGCAAAAUGAUUUCUUGUAUCACUCUGAGACAGCUGACCAUCAGACCAACAAAAUCACUAAUCAAUGAAGGUGAUAACCACAAUUUUUAUGUAAAAUAGAAUUUGGAAUUUAUAAAAUAAAUUCUGUAAAUGUUAAAAAAAUUCAUUGUAUGUUAUGUUGUGGCCAGUAAAUCUAAUAUUUUCGUUGCAUUUCACCUUUUGUUACUUUCUAUGUUUUGGAGUGUUGAUUUGUUUUGCUCAGAGAGUAAACAAUCAUGAGUUGCAGCAAACAGGUUCAAAUCAAAUAGCACCAAAAUUCAGAUCGCAUAAGUUUGUACAGUCAGUGAACUCAAAGCCGAUGAGCUCAAACAAGAAAUUUCUGCCAAAUAAUAAAGAGAUGGCGGCUUUCUCUGCUAAUCAAAGAGUAGGUGUUACGCAUGACAAGAAAGAAACAGUUACUCCGGUCACAUCGUUUCCGUUGAAAGAUUCGUGCUUUUCUUCGCCAAUGAUCAUCAUUCUGCCACAACAGACUAAGGAGAAAUGCUAUGAAAAUCCGACGACUCAAUUUCCGUUUAGUCGAUGUCCGCAGGCUCAGGAGACUCAGCCUCCCAAGCCGGCCGAAUUCAGGAACAGAAUGCCAAUGGAGUGCAUUCCGAACAACUUUGGAGCAGUUUGCCCUUGUGGCGAGCAGACCGAGAUAAGCAUUUUGAAGUCGAUCACCAGCGGAAAACCAAAGCCACAGGUCUACUCUUGUAAAUGGGAAGGGAAACUUAUUCAAGCUCCUGAGAUUCUUAGUGGCUUUAUUCAAUAAUAAUAGCCUAAUUUCGGUAACAGUCAUGCUCACAGAUAGCUUCUGAAUUGUCAUGCAGAAGAAUUAAUAAUAAUAGUUUUUCAAUAAAUUGUACCAAAGUAGGCUAAACUCAGGAACAAAAAUAUAAAAAUAUUCUCCUAGAUAUUGCAACCUGCGUGAGUCUGGUCUCACGAGAUGUCAAACUAUCAAGUGAUAACUGAAAAAACUUCAAUUUUUAAAUAACGUGUAUUAACAUUGGAAUUUAAAAAUGUUUUACUUAUGCGAUACAGAAUUAGAUGCAUUCUACUCUUAAUGGAGUUGAAGUAAAUAAAGGUCUGCACCUCCAGGAGAAAAAUGUUUUUUCUAGCAACGCCAAAAAUAUAAGUUGUUUUUAAAAAAUCUCUCUUGGAAUAAACUUUAUAAUCUUCAAAAGGAUUUUCAUUAAGUAGUUACUUUGUCCAGGAGAUCAACAUUGAUAUAUUCUGUGUCACAAAUAUUAUAAAUUCUUUUUUUUUUUGUCUCUUAUCUCAAAAAUAUAAACUAACUAACUCCUUGUAAAGGAAUAUUAUGGCUGUAAUAUAAAACUGAUGUCAUUAUCAAAACGGAGAUGGGAUCUUUAUAUUCUACAAUGAGUUACUGAUUAUGUCUCAAAUUAUUUUACCAUAAAUUGGACUAUAAUAUAAUAAUGAUUAUAAUAAUUUUUCUAAUCAUUUUUUAUAAUCAUCUUUUCAUUUAGACGUAACUGAAACGUCUACUGGGGUCAUGAAAAGCCCAACAACAUAGGUAUUUCAAGUUUUAAGAAACCCAAGAUCAAUAAAACAAUGGUAUGAUGUUUCUCCAAGUUCAUUUCGAAAUCGAUAAUGAAAGUAUAAUACAGUUUAUAUCCUAUUAACAUGAACAGUACAACUUGAAUAAAAUAGAAUAUCCGUAGAAACAUUUCAAUAAAAAUGUAUUUUAGAAAUGUUUAA